UACAGGCACACUAGAUAUUAUGGAUUCCUAACAAUGACUCACUUUCUUACCUUGAGUAGGUAACGCAUCACAAUGGAAUGUAGUCCAAUCCUUAGAUUUACAACUUAGCUAGCAUAAAAUUUAUCAAUGGGCAAAAGAAAAAAAAGGGGUUGAAACUAUGCACCACCCCUUCUAAUACCAACAAAAAUACAUAACCCUCCAGCUGCUUCUAAAGUCUAUGUUCCAAUGCAACACCUGAAAGGUUUCAUUUAUUCACUUAACCUUAGCCCACCACAAAAGUAGUAGUUGGUUCAAAACAUUGCGUGGAGCAAGUGUUGUCACUGUGAUCCGUCGCGAUGCAAGACAACGGUCUUCACUGUGAAACGGACGAUUCGGAUUGUGCGGAAAACGAUGACGAACCCUUUGAUCUAGAUGAUUUCUUGCCAGCAAUUGGAGAAUUUGGAAAAUAUCAAAAGCUUCUUGUUUUCGGAAUAUGUCUACCAGCAUGCAUUCCUUGUGGAUUUUGUGCCUUCAAUCAACUAUUUAUGUCCGAUGCACCGGAUGAUUAUUGGUGCAAGGUUCCGGAAUUGUUGGAUCUCCCUUUGGAGCAAAGAAAAUUUUUGGCAAUACCCCAGAUUGUGGAUGAAGGAGUCAAAGCAUUCAGCAAAUGCACUCGCUACUCUGUGAACUGGUAUGAUCUACUCAAAGGAGUUAAUGUAAGCAGUCUAGCUCCAGAUCCUUCUUGGUCAGUUGAAAAAUGCCUCGAAGGCUAUGAAUAUAAUUUGACAACUGUAACAUCUUCAAUUGUCAUAGAUUUCGAUUUAGUAUGCGACCAAGAUAUCUAUCCGACAAUUGGUCUGGCGGCCUUGAACACUGGUGGACCAGUUGGAGUCUAUUUGUUUGGCCUGCUCAAUGACAGAGCCGGACGAAGACUAUCCUAUUUCACAUGUCUUGGCACAAUGCUCUUGGGCUCAUUGAUCACAUCGAUAAGCACAGAUUUCUGGAUGUGGGCAUUUAGUCGGGUAAUAGUUGGACUCACUAUUCCAGCUGUGUACCAGAUUCCAUUUAUUAUAUCCCUGGAGCUAGUGGGACCGAAUUAUAGAUCAUUUGUGACGGUCAUGACGUGUACGUUUUAUACGUGUGGCAUUAUGAUGUUAGCUGGUGUUACUUAUAUGAUCCGGGAUUGGGUUAAGCUAUCUUAUUAUACUUCAAUGCCAUUUUUAGCAUAUUUCUUGUAUUUAUUUGUGAUGCCAGAAUCUCCGAGGUGGCUUUUGAUGCGUGGGAGAUUGGAAGAAGCUUUGACAAUUUUGCAAGAGAUGGCGCGGGUGAAUCAAAAACAAUUCCCACAAGCCUUCAAAACUAAGCUAGAAGCACGAAUAUUACGUGAGAAGUUCAAAACAAAAAAGAAACAAAAGAAUGUUGGAGUUUUUGAUCUUUGCAGGACUCCCAACAUGCGUUUGAAAACAAUCCUCAUAACUCUGAGUUGGUUUGCCAAUGAGACAGUUUACUUGGGUCUCAGCUACUAUGGGCCAUCUCUUGGCAGCAAUCAAUACUUGAGUUUUCUACUAUCAGCUGUUGUCGAGAUUCCAAGCUAUCUCUGUUGCUGGGUUCUAAUGGACAAAUGGGGUCGUCGAUGGCCUUUAAGUUUAUCAAUGAUAUUGGGCGGUGUUUUCUGUGUCAUUACAGUCCUCAUUCCAGAUGAUGCUGUCACUGAAACUUUAGUAUUAUUUUUAGUAUCAAAAGCAAUGCUGUCUGCUUCAUUUCUUAUUAUCUAUCCAUUUGCUGGUGAGUUGUAUCCAACUCAAGUGCGAGGUAUUGGUAUUGGAGCAUCAAGUUAUAUUGGAGGAUUAGGACUUAUUGUUAUUCCUUUUGUGACGUAUUUGGGUAAAGAAAAUCUUAAAUUGCCAUUGGUAAUUAUGGGGUUCGUGUCGAUGUUGGGUGGACUAACAAGUUUGAGACUUCCCGAAACCUUAAAUAGUCGUCUUCCAAAUACUUUAGAAGAAGGUGAAGAAUUCGGCAAAGAAUGGACAAUGCAUGAUUGCUUACAUUGUCUGCCAAUGAAAGGUCCACCAUCCCAGCAAGCUUCAUAUGAAAAUCUGGACAUAACAUCCAAUGCAUCCGAUGUUGCUCUAAAUUUGAACGAAAACAGUGAUGUGAGUGAUUUACCAGGCCGUUCAACUGACAUUGGACUAUCGGAGCGCACACCUCUAGAUAAUAUUCGGCCAAGGAGAUCAUCAAUGAAACGGAUUGUUCGUCAAAUGAGCGUAAUGGACACACAAAAGUCACAUGAUGGGAGUAUUCAGUUAACGUAUUGGUUUUGACUAAUAAAGCAAAUCAAUGAGGAUAGAUUUUGAACGAUAUUAUUGAUGGUUGAUGUUUGUUUGUUUUGUUUUUGGCUAAGUUUUGCGUCAGUAUUUCAAUAAUUUAAACUGUAUUUAG